CUUCCACCAGCAACCUCCCCCCCAUCCCACCCCACCAGCCUAUCGUCCCCGACAGCAAGAAUGGGCGUAACAGGGAAAAUCCGGUCAAUGCGAGCGGUAGCAUGGGAUGUUGGCUGUACUGUUGCGAAUCUCGUCUGGCCUAAUCGAAAACCCGGGAGCGUGACGCCUGCAGGAUGUCCCGGUGCUGGUGGGAAGUGGCCUGAAUUCGUACCUCCCAAAGAGGGCGACAGUCGAUGUUCGUGUCCUGCCUUAAAUGCGAUGGCCAAUCAUGGUCUCCUGCCACAUGACGGCAAGAACAUCAAGUUCUCAGAAUUGGGCGACAAGAUUCGUGAAACCUACAACUUUGCACCCAGUUUCUGCCUCUUCGUGCCCAAUUACGCUGCCACUAUGCUGGGGAAGGACUUUAACAAGGACACUUUCGACCUGCAAGAGCUGGAUCUACACAAUGGAAUCGAGCACGACGCCUCACUGACCCGCGAGGAUGCGGCGCUCGUUCCUGACCAGUCCAAGCCGCAUAUCCCUUUUAUUCGGGAGCUUCUUGACUCCGCUACGGGGACAGAUGCAGAGGGAAGGAAGCUCCUGACCAUCGAAGAUCUUUCGAAAUACUCGGCGAAGCGCCGCGUUGACGCCCGUGAAACCAACCCUGAAUAUACCCUUAGCAAGGUCCACAGGACAUUCGGCAGUGCAAACUCUUCUACUCUGUUGACCAUCUUUGGUGGCCGUGUGGACGACCUCGAGAGUAUCUUGAUCGACGAGCGAAUCCCGGAUGGCUGGGAGUCAAGGAUCCUUGAGGAGUUUGGCUUGACGAUCAUUACGUUCAACUUGAAGACUGUCCAUAAGGUGGAGGGCGGUAUUGAUGAGGAGAAGUAUAUUGCUGAGAGGAAGGCGACUGCAGCUGCGCAGGGAAAUGCGGAGGGUGAAUCGAGCAGCGUUGCCAAAUCCGAUUCAGCCAACCCAAGUCCCACUGGUUCGUAGGGAACGAAAGCUAGGGAAUGACAACUACAUACGACUUGCUAUGACGUGCGAUCUCGUUGACUGUUUGUAUAACGAUUCUUCUUCUAAGUACUCAAUUGCAUACGAUACCGCUGAUGGGAC